UAAAACUAUAUUUACAACAAUUUUUGUCAUAAUGGAGAAAGUUUUUGUGCCAUUCUAGUCUUCAGCACCUUGCCCAAAAAAAUAUGUAGUGAAAAAGUAAAUUUUUAUAACUUAACACAUAAUGAUAUCAAUAUUUCUAGAGGGCGGUCAGGUAAUAUUUGAAUGGCCCAAUCAACAUGAAAAUGGAUCUCCGCGUCGUCUGACAGUUGAUACGGGUGGAAAACUAUGGGUGCCUCUCGAUGGAGGUGGCGGAGUCAUUCAAGUUGAGCCAGGCUUUAACGAAAUAUUACGAUUUAUUUCCAUACCUGAACGCAGAGUCGGCGCAUGCACUUUUGGGGGUCCUGCAUUUAAUAUUUUAUACGUUUCCACAAUAGGAUCUAUUCACGAUAAUCAUGAUGGACAUCCACCCAAAGUUGAAGCUGGUUCAAUUUACGCUGUGAAGGGCCUUGGCGUGCAGGGGUGGCCACCAGAUCAAUACAAUUUAGAGAUGCUUAAAGUCUAUGGUUCCACUUUUAAACCUUUAAGUAUAAAGUUGAAAUAAUUCUUUUAUUAAAUAACUGAAUUUCUCCUUCUUUAAACAUAAGCAAUUUAGUUCCAAACACCAGAGAGCGGACGAGAUCAGUCUGGAUUGGUGCACCGAGCCUAGGCUCGUCUCUUUGCAGACGGUGCGCCAUCGCAUGGAGGGAAGGAGUGGGAGAGCGCGCAC